CUAAACUGAACAUCAUUUUUAAUUAACGAGUACCAUUUUGAAAAUUAGUUAGUUUUGAGGAUUAAUUUAGAAGAAUACAUGAUUAUUGAAUAACAUUUUAGGAUCUAAAUUUAGUUGAUUUUAAAGUUAAUUGUUUAAUUUUAAAUUCGGGAUAAAAUUGAAGGGGUUUGGGUUAGGAGUAACCACUGUUUUCUUUUCUUCUUCCCUUUGUUUAUCAAUCCAGGCCGAGGCGUUCUCUGUGUCUAGAACGAACGAUCCCAGGGACAUGGAUCCGCUGCCUAAAAAGAAAGCGGUUUUACAGCGUGUGACACUUGAAGAGGUAAAUGUGUUGAAGCCCACCCCUCGCUGCUUUCCCAUUCUUAAGCUUGUUGGGAUUGAUUCCUCCAUUGAUAAGAAGUGCCUCAUGUGGAUCUUUGAUGAGAAAGCUUUUGUAGCGGUCGAAGAAGGUCACCGCGAUAAGCGUCCCAAGAUUCACCACAAUCUCCUCCUCCUCCCACAUGUUCAUAGAUCAGAACUCCUUGGUCUUUAUUCGUGGUCUCCCAUCCCGAGUGUGGAGCGUAUAACUGUGAAGGACAUCAAACACCUAGCCACUUGUGCCAAAAUCAAUGGAAAGGUGAUUGCUUAUUGCCAUAGAGUCAUGCAAGUCUUAUAUCGCCGUGGACCAUCCGAAAGCGAAGAAAAGAGGAGGGGAGAGGAUUUUAAACUGAAAGGUCCUCAUUGUUCUGCCCUUGAACCAAUCUAUGGCAUCACCAUUGGGAUCAAGCCCUUUGAAGACCGUGGCGAUGGCGAACAGAGAGAGUUUUUGCUAGAGGCAGGGUUGGCAGCAUGGAAGGUGAGGGUUUUUAUGAAGAGGAACUGGAAGGUGAUGGCGGAGUUGUGAGUGUGGUUUUUGCGAUAGUAGCGGAUGCUGCUUGGGCUCGGGUUUGUAUUAAUGGGCUUCAAAAUAUGCGUGUGUAUGGAUGUAUCAAAGCCUCAAGGGAAACUGUCGGGGAACAAAGUGAGUUUGUAAUGUUCACCCGAUCUUUGGAAAACCAUGUCCAUGUUGGCCCCGAUGGUUUUUUUCCUCUAGAUGGAACGGUGGUGGUAGCAUCCAAAAGGGCUAGAUUAACCAUCUCCCUCUCUUUGAACUUGUGUAGUGAUGAUGGGAAAUGGUGUGUUUUGCAAAAAGAUUUAGUGUUUGAUGCAGUGUUUAGGAAGGAAGCCCAGACCAUACAAGAUGAUGUAUUUGGUGGGGAAGUCACGGUGUCCCUUGCUUACAAGGACGGCCCCGACCUUGAUUGCGAUGACGAUAACGAGGAUGAGAGUGGUUAUUUAGUCCAGAGUUUGAUGAAAU